AUGAUUAAUGUAGAAAAAAUAAAAUUAAAUCCUUGGUUCAUUACAGGAUUAUCUGAUGGGGAUGGUUCAUUUUAUAUUGUCUUACGUAGAGAUGCUACUUGUCGUUUUGGAUAUAGUGUAUCUUUGGAAUACAAAGUAGUUGCAGAAAUUAAUCCUCUAAACUUAAAACUAUUAGAGUCAGUUCAAGAUUUUUUCGAGGGAUCGGGUACAAUAACUGUAGAUAAGAAUACCUAUUUAUAUGUGAUAAGAAAUCGAGGUCAUUUAAGAAUAGUUUGGAAUCAUUUUCAUAAUUAUCCAUUACAAACAACGAAACAUAUAUAUUUUAUAUUAUGGUCUAGAGUUUUAAAUUUAUUAGAGAAAAAAGACCAUUAUACUAUUAAAGGUUUUAUGGAAAUUCUAUCAAUUAAAGCUAUAUUUCCUACUGGUUUAAAUGAUAAUAUUAAAAGAGAUUUUCCUAAUGUAUUACCUAUUACUAGGACUGAUUUUAUACCUAAUACCUAUAAACUAGAUGGGCACUGGGUAGCCGGUUUCACUCAAGCUGAUGGAUCAUUUGGUUUAAAUUAUACUAAGGUUUCAGCCAUGACUCUUGGUUAUACUUGUCUACCACAGUUUCGUAUUUCUCAAAAUGAACGUGAUUUAAUAGUUUUAAAAAGGAUUAUAGAAUGUUUAGGUUGCGGUAAUUUGAUUAAUGUCAGUAAAACUAAAAAAGAAUGGGUUGUAUCUGUUUCUAAUAGUUCACAGUUAUAUAAUACUAUAAUUCCUUUUUUUAAACAAUAUGCUAUAUACGGAGCAAAAUAUGAAGACUACAAGGAUUUCAGCCUGGGUAUAGAGAUCAUAAGUAAAAAAGGACAUUUAACAGCUGAAGGGUUAGAUCAGUUAAAAGAAAUAAUAACUUCCCCCCUCCAGCUUUGCUGGAGGGGGUAG